GGAUCAGCCAGUGACUUUUCACAGCGGCGGGCCUCAGACCCCAGCGCGGACGCGGACUUUGUCUUUGGGGGCCCCUGCUCUGCCCUUCCUGGUUUCCGGCAAGAUCGCAGAGGAGCCGGCGUGCCUCUCUGCCCUCCAGCCUUCCUCACCAUGUCCAAGAUGCCGGCCAAGAAGAAGAGCUGCUUCCAGAUCACUAGUGUCACCACGGCCCAGGUGGCCACCAGCAUCACCGAGGACACCGAGAGCCUGGACGACCCGGACGAGUCACGUACGGAGGACGUCUCCUCCGAGAUAUUCGACGUCUCUCGGGCCACGGAUUAUGGCCCUGAGGAGGUCUGUGAGCGCAGCUCCUCGGAAGAGACGCUCAACAAUGUUGGGGAUGCGGAGACUCCCGGGACCGUCUCCCCAAACCUCCUCCUGGACGGGCAGCUGGCGGCCGCGGCGGCUGCUCCCGCCAACGGAGGAGGAGCCGUUUCGGCCCGGAGCGUGGCUGGGGCGCUGGCCAGUACUGCGGCGGCGGCGGCCGCCACCUCGGCCCCCUCCGCGGGAGCACCCGGCGGUCCCUCGGUCGCGGGCUCGUCUGCCGGGCCAGGGACUGCGGCCCCAUCGCAGCCCCCCACCACUUGUAGUUCCCGAUUUCGCGUGAUCAAGCUGGACCACGGGAGCGGGGAGCCCUACCGACGCGGCCGAUGGACGUGUAUGGAAUACUAUGAGCGGGAUUCGGACAGCAGCGUCCUGACCAGGUCCGGGGAUUGCAUUAGACACAGCAGUACUUUUGACCAGACUGCGGAGCGGGACAGCGGCCUGGGCGCCACCGGAGGGUCGGUGGUGGUGGUGGUGGCCUCCAUGCCGGGGGCGCACGGGCCCGACUCGGGAACUGACAGUUCCUUGACUGCUGUGUCACAGCUACCCCCGUCGGAGAAAAUGAGCCAGCCCGCCCCGGCCCAGCCGCAGAGUUUUGGCGUUGGGCAGCCACAGCCACCGCCGCCCGUAGGUGGGGCUGUGGUUCAAAGCGCGGCUCCAGUGCCGCCGUUCCCGGGAGCCGCGGCCGGGCCGCAGCAGAUGAUGGCAGCCCCGCAGCCGAGCCAGCCCCAGGGAGCCGGCCCCGGCGUCCUCCCGCAGGGGCCCAACGGACAGGGUCUGCCGCUGACGAAUGUAACCCUGACGCAGCCCGGCGUGCCCCUGCCGCCGCAGCCCGGCCCGACCCUCGGAGCGCCAGCGACGCAGCAGCCUCCGCAGUUCGCGUACCCCCAGCCUCCGCUCCCGCCGGGGCAUUUGCUGCCCGUCCAGCCCACGGGGCAGAGUGAGUACCUACAGCCGCACGUGGCCGGCCUGCAGCCGCCAAGCCCUGCUCAGCCCUCGUCCACCGGCGCCGGAGCGAGCCUCGCCACGCCUGCCAGCCUGCCGGUGGGCACCGGCCAGAAUGCCUCCACGGUGGGUGCGCAGAUAAUAGGCGCGUCUUCCCUGCCCGGUGAAGCCGUGGCUCCGGGGCCGGGACCCGCGCAGGGCGGGCAGGCCGCGCCUGGUCAACCGGCUGGAGUGCCCCUGGCCGCUGUAGGAUGCGCGGUGCAGCCGGGCCUGGUUCCCCCUGGGACCGGGCAGCCCCAGUCCGUGCCUCCGCCGCAGAUGGGCGGCAGUGGUGCGCCGUCGGCCGUGCCUGGCGGCCCCCACGCCGUACUGCCCGGAGUUCCAAACGUGCCUGCAGCCGUGCCCGCUCCAAGCGUGCCUAGUGUGUCUACCACCUCUGUUACUAUGCCAAAUGUACCCGCGCCUCUGGUCCAGUCGCAGCAGCUGAGCAGCCAUACGCCAGUCAGCAGGAGCGGCAGCGUAAUCCAGCAUGUUGGGCUGCCCUUAGCGCAAGGCACACCCAGUGUACCAACAAGUCUACCACAGUCUGACUUAAGCCAGUUUCAGACUCAGACCCAACCUUUAGUCGGGCAAGUUGACGAUACUAGAAGAAAAUCAGAACCCCUACCUCAACCACCACUUUCUCUCAUUGCUGAAAAUAAGCCUGUUGUGAAGCCUCCUGUUGCAGAUGCCCUGGCAAACCCCCUUCAGUUAACACCUAUGAACAGUUUGGCCACCUCUGUAUUCAGCAUAGCUAUUCCUGUUGAUGGUGAUGAAGACAGGUGACUUGCUUGUUGGGAGUCUUUCUUCCAUUUGAGAACUCUUAGAGAAUACCACGUGUCCAUAAGUGAGCUCAGCUAGCUAGUCAUUGAGAAAUUUUAUAUGGAUGGGACUACCAAGUAAAGAAACUGAUUCCACAAGCCAUUCAGAAAAAUCUCUUUACAUCUGCUCCCAUAUUUCACUUUUCACACAUAGGGGUACACUUGAAGUGCAGAUUGAGUUUGUUUGUUUACCUUUGGUAAGAGGCAACAGGUAUCUUCCCUUUUCUAGCUACCAGAAGCCAUUUUUUUCUGAUGGGUUGGUAAAUAACCAUUUGCUUGCCUCUCUGUUCCUGUUGUACAUUGUCCCCAUAUCUCCUCAAGAAAUGACUGGUUUCCCAAACCACACCCUCUCCUUGCAAAGCACAUGCACAUCUGUGAAUGAAGAAUGUAUUUUCUCUCCUCCUCACACCUUUCUCAGUUUACAGCAUAUGUAAUUACAUUCCCCAGGACUUGAAUAUGAUGAUAUGGCAUGAAGCAGAGAGAUCUGUUGACAAAUGGAAACUCUGGGAUGUAUUCUUUAGGGUAUGACCUCAAAGAUGAAAUUAUUUAUCCUCUUAUUUUAUUAAAAAAGUUGAUAAUUUUAAGAAUCUUAUUUCCCAGUGUGAAUGUUUGAACCACAGAUACUACCGUAUCUGUUCUUACUGCAACAGUUAAUCCAGUGCAGGGGUUUUGAUAUGUGUGCAGUCCUGUAUUAAAUGUGGUAUACUUCCCUUCCCCUCCCAGUCUUUUAAAAUCUGCAUUGUUUAUCAAAUGUGCAUUUCUUUUGUUGUAGUUUUUCAUUGGUUUUUAAUUUAACAUGCUAGUUUUCAAGAUGUAAUCUUACACAUUUGACUAUUUUGUCACUGGACCAACACACCUGGUGAAGGAAUAAAUCCAUUAAGUAGAAAUAGUUUUUUUGUUUUGCUUUUGUUUUUAAUGGAAAGGCUUUGUAAAAGAGAGGGCAUUUUAAAGUUGUAUGCUUGAAAUUAAAUGACACAGUUUUUCUAGGUGUAUGUUUAAAUUACUGAGAUGACUAUUUUUGAGGAAACUGUACUAACAAAAUUAUAAUUUUAAUAUGGUGAUUUGGGGUUGCCUUCUUAAGUUAAAAUCUGCAUACAAUUUUAGUUGCAGUCAUUUGAAUGCAAAAUAAAACAUUAGAGUGAGAGAUAUUGAGUAAUUACGACUUUAACUUUGUGAAUAGGUUGACAGAUUUCAGAUCCUAAAAAUUUAUAAAUAUUUGCUUUUUUUUUUUUUUAAAGAAGAUAUCAGUAAACAUAGCCUAGUCCUUUGAGAAAAGGAAGGAAAAUGGAAGAUUAACAAAAAUGACUGACCAAACCAAUGAUUCUUUUGGUUUGAUAUAUUGAAAACUUUAUGUUGUUAUUUUGGUUCCAUUACCUAAAGGAAGGCUUCGUUUUGUGACCAUUUAUUUUGAAGAAGAGGACCUUCUAAUAAUACAUUUUAAUAAUAUACCUUUAAGAGGGCUGAUGGUUGUAUAUAGAAAGCAAGAAGAUGUUUUAAAGUUCUUAGUUAACAUUGUCUUUUGACUCUCUAUUAUCAGUUACCAUAAAGUUUACAUAUUAUUCUAGCCUUUCUCAUUGAAAAGGCUUAUGUCAGUUGUUGAUUCUUCAAACUGAUUUUGUGUAAACUGGAGGAUAUAAUAAUGGUUGAAAAUAUAGUUCAUAAAAAAAACAGCCACUUUUACAGUGGAAGUUACAACAUUUGUUUAAAUUACCUGUACCCGUAACAGACUCCUUUUUCUGUAAAUGGGGAGGAGUGCAAAAUAUUCCCUUUUGGAAAGGGAGCACAGUGCAGAUCGUUUUCCACAGACAGCUGACCAAUGUGAACUCUGUAGGCCACAUUCCAGGAACUCUUAUGAAUGGAUGCAAUUGUGAACUGUCAACUACAACCAAAAGAUUGUUGAAAACCUGAUUGUAAGGAUCCCUUAGUGGCCAAUAUCUUUAUAUCUUGUUAAUGGUUUUAUUUGUGUAGUUUGCUAAUGACUGAUUAAGUAUUAUAAAUUGUGAAUGUUAAGUGGUGUAUCCUGACAUGUGCUAUAUAUACAAAUUUUGUUGCUACAGUUAUACAUAUAUCUCAUACACACACACACUUUUAACAGAGCUUUUUAACUUGCUGUUUAAGUGAGAAGAUUAUGCAAAUGUAUAUCAAGAGAUUGUAACUCUUAACCUUUAUCAUAAAAUCUAUAGAUACUUCUUAGAGCUCAAAAAGUCUCACUACAUUUAGUCUUUACAAAUGAAAGCUCCUUAGCUGAAUCUGUAUUUCUUGGGAGCUUUUGUUUCUUUAUCUAUAUUGAGUUGUAGAGAUAAUUUUGCCCUACUAGAUUUACAGUUGAUGUUUAAGUUACACACACUAGAUAUUAUCUUACGUACUCUUACCAAGGAUUUUGUAAACAGUGUAAAAUCCUGCGUGUGAGUGACAUUAUUUAGUAUAAAAACUGAUAAAUGGUGGAUCCAUCAGAGUGCCACACUGAUUACUAAAAUAUACUUUGGUUAUAAACAUGGCUUUAAGUAAAGGAAAUUAUCAUAGAUUUCCGGAAAGAUUGAUGGUCCAAAAGUACCCAAAAUUCCCAAAACUGAGUUUUAUCAGGAGUAUGACUUUUUUUUUUAACAGAGACAUAUAUAUUUAAAUUUUUAUAUGAACUAAAUUCUGUAGGCUAAACAUUGGAUAACCAUUAGAAAACAUAAUGGCUUAUAUGUGUGUGGGUAAGACACACUCUAAGUAACUAUUUUAGUAACACUAUUUUUUCCCUGUGGAGGAAGUAGGGUAUGUUAAACUAAAUUGCUUCUAUUGGAAGUCUUUUUUUUUUUUUUUUAAAGUACUGGUAGUGUGGUAUAAAUGUUUUCUACUUCCUGAGAAUAAAUGUAAUAUUAAUCUGUUGAGAAUUCUGAUAGCACUAAUUUGGAAAUCGUAAAACAUGAUACUGGAUUUAUGGAUCUGGUACUUGGUCAUUUGGAAUAGAGUUUAGUCUUUCUGUGCACCAGAUGAGAUUGGAAGCAGUCCUGCUCUCUAGUGUCCUAGUAACAAAGAGCACCCCAACAGUCAGAUGGUAAAGAAACCAAAAUGAGUCUCUUUACUGAGGAAUGGUUGAUAGGGGAAUAUAAAAAGGUCUUGACUUUUCUUUCCUAAAAUAGCAGAAGUUGGGGCAGGGGGAGUUAGAGAGUGAUCGCACAUAACCAAGAUAGAAGAAAAUAGAGCGAAAUGACAUGAAAUACGGUCUCAGAAGGAACAGCAACACUUGUUACUAGUGAGAAAAAGCCAUCUAAUUUCUUUUCUUAAUAAUUGUUUUAGACCAAUAUGUAUUUCCUUUUCUGAACAGAUGCUGUUUAUUUCUUAAUUGCAUUGCAAUUUAAAUACUCGUUAAGUAUGAGGAAGAAAGGGUUUAUAAAAACAGGUCUGUCUGGAUAAAUGUAGCCUGAAUGAUGAUGUUUCUUAUGAAUUUCUUAUUAAUGGGAAGAGCAGGUUUUUAAGAAGAAAUCUUAUUAAUUGACAGUAUUUAAGGGGUAUGUAUAGCAAAAUUCCUGAAUUGAAAUAAAUCCCUUAAGUUAGUUUUUUCUUUAUACUAAACCAAGUGGACUUGUGAUUUGAAGCUGCUGUUUUAGAUGGUAUAAAACAAAUUACUACAUCCACAAAGAAUGUGCAUACCUGAGUCAUUGGUAUAAUUUGGGUCUUUCCCACAGCAUUUCUUGAACAUACCAAAUUGCUCAAUAUUUGUUACAUUCUUAAGCUAGUAUUGUUCAGGGCAAAAACUUCUCCAUAAAGAUUUAGGAACAAUAACCAAUUCAUAUCAUUCCCAUACAUCAUUAUGUGACUUUCAUAAUAUAUUUUAAUAUAUACACUUCGAAUUUGACUGGUA